CAUGCUCUUUAUGCCAGCAAUGUUCUCAGGCUUCACCAUCAAAAUAACACAGCCAGCUAAGGGAAGUUUUCGGUUUAAAUCUCAGAGCACAACUCUCUUCCAGAAAUGGACUACCUGAUCAGGCAAAACAAGGGGAGGGUUUCUGGAAAGCCAAAAUCUGCAGCAGAGGGAGAGGCUAGCAGUUCCAGAGAAAGAAGAAUCCCUGUGCAGAAGACCGAGUCCUUCAAAGAGAAAAAGAGGGUAUGGUUCGGUAGACAGUUCUCAAGGCAAACCGAUCGAGAUUCUGAUUCAAUGGCGAUUGACCAAGCAGCUGCUGUUGCUGCUGCUGCAUUUGCCAUUGCAGUUUCAAAAAGGCCAAGCUUUUCAGAACCUAGAAGGAAAGCAUUGGAGGAAGCUCCUCCCCAACCUCCUCUGAGACGAACAAAGAGCGAAAGACUCGGUAUUACUAUUUACUAGUACCCAAAAUCUCAUGACUUAGUACAUAAUCAGAUUCUCUAAUUCAACUUUCUUCUAGACAAACUAAUCAAUCAGCUGGUGCAAAUCAGGCUCUGUAUCAAUAAGAGAUGCAGAAGGAACUACAGACGGCAACAUUGAUGAUUACGAUGAAAAACCAGCUGCAGAGGUUGUUGGUCCCGUUUCGUCAAUGAAAAGGACAUCAACAUUUGCUGAUGUGCCUGCUUCCUCAAUGAAGAAAGCUCCAAGUUAUUCUGAAAAGCCUGUUUCAUCGAUGAAAAAGGCACCAUCCUUCACGAAUAAGCCUGUUCUAUCCAUGGAAAGGUUGCCAACUGCAACCCAAUUGCAAUUGAACGUCACGGAUGGUAAGAGGAAGGAGAAAAUCCCUGAAUCACAAACUGAGCAGCCCUUGACAAAACCUGAAAUUUCCUUAGCAAAACCAGAUGGAACUCUUAAGCCUGUAAUCCCGCCUUCUAAGCCUUCCAGAAGGACUGGGAUUGGAGAGUCAACAGCAGAUGCCUGGGAGAGGGUUCAAUUGGAGAAGCUGAAAGAGAAGUAUGGACAUAGGAGUCUCUUCAGAGUUCAUAUGCUUUACUUUCCAUAAUUUUCUCCUUUCCCUGAAAAAAACAGCACAUGACGCAGGUAUGAGCAGCAAGAUGACCAGAUAGUCUCCUGGGAGAGCGAAAAGAAAGCAAAAGCCAGACGCCGACUUGAUAAAACUGAGAGUGAAUUGGAGAGGACAAGGUUGAAAGCCUUGGAAAGGUUUCGCAGUGACAUGGACACUGUCACUCAGAUUGCAGGAGGAGCAAGAGCAAAGACAGCUGAGAAGCAGAAGAUUGAAGAGUUGAAAGUGAAACAGAAAGCAGAUAUAAUUAGAAGCACAGGCAAAGUUCCAAGAAGUACAUGUUUCUGCUUCUGAGUGUUGGCCACUAUAUGGCACCUUAAGUAAUUUGUUGGUUUGAGGUUGAGUUUAUAAAUGUAAAGUCGUAACACUUCUUUCACGGAUGUAUAUACAAUAUCUCAAUACAUUGACUAUGUAAAACUAAUUUCUUUGUGUUGAACAAUAUUGAUAAAGAAGCACAAGAUCCAUUACAAGGAAAGAGAAUAAAGAACAAUAUUUGCUGGCAAACAAGAAACCUAAAGACUGCAAACAGCACAAACCAUCAACUAUAGUGUAUAACACCUUAAGUCUCAGUUUCUUGAC